UUUUUUUUAUCCAAGAAGGACGUAAGAAACAACUCUGAAAUGGCAUCUGGCUGUCCCCAGAGUGCUUCCAGGGCAGGCAGAAUUGGUGGAGAGCAGCAAGGAUAGGGAGGCUGCUUUUGCCUUGCUGUGUUUCUUCCUUCUGGAUCACACAGUUUCGUGCAUGGGACAGUGUUAACACUUUAUAGAGCAGAUGGAGCACACAACAAUGGGAUCCAGAUAGACUGGAGGUCCUUGCUCUGCCUGGAAAUGCCACAGAGAUAAUGUGACUGCUGUUGCGUUGCAGUGCAUUGUGCUGUGCAAGCUGACAUCCUGCACGUGAGGACGUUUAUGUUCUGUGGAAGUUUUUUCUGAUACCAUAUGAAUAAUCUGAGCCAAAAUUUUUUGGGGCUGAUGGGGUGCUCUGUGUAUCCAGUGGUGCUACGUUUGGUGCAGCAGAGCCCCAGUGCUGACAAACAUGGGCCUCCACAAAAGUUCAUCAUCAUGCAGAGGGAGUUCUCAGGAAGUGACUUCUCAUUCUGGGGGAAGCUGCAAGCCAGCUGUGACCUCUCAAAGAGCUGUUGCUGUAGGGAAGGAAUCAGUUCAGCUGGUGGUGACUGGUGCUCUGCCUACUGCCCGCUGAGAUGCUGAGCCCCCCAGGCAGCAGGUAGUGGCAGCGCCAGAUCCCAGAUGAACAGGAGGCAUUCAGUUAAAAAAGGAGCCUGAGAAUAACCUAGGCUUUCCUGGAGAAAGGUGCUCUGGAAAUAUGAGAGUUGGUCUAUGCUGGGAUGUGUGAUGAUGCAGGCAUUUGAGUGCUAACAGAGGAAUGUGAAGACUAAAAUGUCUUGGAGUGCAGGAGCUAGGAGUCACUCAUCAGUGAGCUUAGCUGUCUUGGAUCGCUGCAUGGAGGUUGGCACUGGCAGUCCCUGAGGAAAGAAUAGCCACCGGUGAGCAGAUACCAAAUGUGUCAAUAUAUCACAUUCAGCUCUCUGGCAUUCCUGGCAGCAAGAGAGAAGCUGCAGACGUUGAGAAACAGCCAAGUCCUCAAACUGCCAGGGCAGCUCCUUGCAAAGAGGACCCUGUUAUCAGGGUCUUUGGCAUGUGAGACCAGUCCCCCAAGUGCUUGAUGUGCAGGGUGUUCAUUUUUGGUUUCAACAUGCAUGUUUUGUGGGUUGAUGUGUAAGGCUCUCUGGGAUCUGUAACCACCACAUACAGUAUGCCAUAUGAGAUGCCAGCUGAACACCUACCCCAUCAUGCCUGUGAGCUGUUUAAUGCCAGCACUUUGCAUAGGACCUGAUGGGUACAGAGGAGAGCUGUGUGCCUGGCCCAUCCUGCUCACACCAAGCUGCACUAGGCUCAUUUCUAAUACAGUGUGAUGGAGCAGUUUAGAGGUCUUCAUGGAGCAGAGCCAAGGUGAAAACGAUCCACUUGCCUUCGCUGACCAGCACCAAAGCAGCAAAUUUCUCUUUCAGAUUUCAUCUGCCAGGAAAGCUACUGUUUUUAUGAGUGUCCUAGUUGUUGACAGAUAAGGGCAGGGAAAGCAUGGGGACGAGGAAUUGAGCAAUAAGCCUUUCUGCCAAGGAAUAAACACUGUCAGGCGUGGGAAGUGCUGCCCUCUGUCUCCACAGGAUGUUUCUUGCUCUCAUUUCUCUUGGCAGAAAAUUCGUUUCCUCAUCACCCCUCUCCUCCCCUAGUCUACUUUCAGCUGCGGCUUCUCCUCCCCAUCACUUCUCCACUUCUCUCACCACAUCCUCCCAGCAAGCAGGAGACUCCCUCACUUUCUGCAUGGGCUGCACAUGGACCUGGUGGAAAGACUGCUUUAAAAUUCAUCAUCUUGAAGGAAAAGAAGCGAACUCAGGCGGUCACUGGUGAUGCUGUGAGAAGAAAAGGAGGAAGGGUGAAGAGUCCUUGAAGACAGGAUUUGAAGGGAUUGUCCUGGUGGAGCACACUGUGGGAGGUGCAGUAGAAUUACCAGGUCACACCAAUAGUUGAGCACUAGGUGAGAAGGUGUGGCUAACCCAGACAGCUCAGGUGCAGGCAAUGCACCCGAGUAAUGAAGAGGAGCCUGGAUUCCACCCUCCUCUCACUUAAGGGUUAGCAGCCAAGGCAUCAGUAUCUCUUUGGAUAGAAGUUGCUCUCCUUUUGAACUGCUACCAGACACUGGAAGAUUAGAAGGGAGGACUUUUAUCUCAACUCUCCUGCCAGAAUAAAGCUCCAAAAUGCAACCUGUGUCCCUGCACAGCCUUUCAGAGCUGGAAAGAGCCAGUCUGCGAGAGCUAGCCCUCUACCAGCUGCAAGAAAAGCUGCUUGUUGGAGAUCUCAGCCUGGCUAAAGUUGGACCUAAAGGCAGUAAAUCUUUCCGACAGAAACUGGAGAGCUUUUCAAAGGAGAAGAAAGACUGCUCUCCUCAGACUUUUGGGAUCCCACUGUGCCAAGUCAUUGCCAAUGACCGUGCAAACAGACAACUGCAAGAAACAGUGAAGAGCAGCCGCCGGCUGUGCGUGGAGGUGGAAGAAACAGUGACAAACUUUCGUGCUCAGAUGCAGAAGAGAUCCCCGCUGGGCAGGGGCUGUUGGCUGGUACCUUAUGACAUGUUCUCUGAAGAGCCUCUUUCUCCAGACUUCCCUGACCAUAACUCUUCCUGGAGUCAGAGAAGGGGAGCCAUGUCUGUGGACUGUAUCAGUGAACUGAGUGGCAACAGUUCCAAGCUGCUGGAGGCACUGCAGUUGUCACAUCCCCAUGAGCUGGAUCCACGGAGGAACCUGGGCAAGAAAAAGAUGUUAAGUCUCAACCCCAUCGCCUGGCAGGUCCCACGAAUUGUGGACAGAUGUUGCAAACACAUUGAAAGAUAUGGUCUCCAAACGGUGGGCAUCUUCCGGGUUGGGAGCUCCAAGAAAAGAGUUCAGCAGCUGAGAGAAGAGUUUGACCAUGGACUGGAUGUUUUCUUGGAUGAGCAUCAAAGUGUUCAUGAUGUCGCUGCUCUGCUCAAAGAGUUUCUUCGUGACAUGCCGGAUUCACUGAUUCCCAGGGAGCUCUACACAGCUUUCCUCAGCACAGCCUCCAUGGAAGGCCCACCACAGCUGGCUGUGCUGCAGCUGCUGCUCUUUCUGCUGCCCCCCUGCCACAGUGACACACUGCACCGUCUACUGCAGUUCCUUAGCAAGGUGGCACGGCAUGCUGAGAACUCCUGGGGCCCUGAUGGCCAGGAGAUUCCUGGGAAUAAAAUGACUGUUUCAAACUUGGCCACGAUCUUUGGUCCCAACAUCCUUCAGAAAGAGAAGCCUGGAGAAAAAGAUGCUGGAGCCAUGAACUUUGAAGACAGCGCAGCUAUCAUACUGGUGGUUCAAAGGCUGAUUGAGCACUAUCAGACCCUGUUCAUGGUCUCUCCAGAAACACAGCAUGACAUCCUCAGGAGACUGUUUCAGACAGACCCUGAUGUCAUUGACUACCUCUUGCGCAGGAAAUUCAAUGUUGUUCUGAGCACAGAAAGUGAGGAUUCAGCAGAGGAAUGUACUCCAAUCCUGAUGCCUGAUCAGACCCUGGAAAGUAACUCACUCUCAGAGUUGUACAGCAAUGUCUCAUUCCUGAACUUGAACGUGGGCAUCUAGCCAGCCCUCAGCACUGCCUUCCAUGGACAAAACUGGGCAACAUUUCCACUACAAAAAUGUUCUCUGUCCUGCUUUGAAGGAGUGGAGAAGGAAAGGGUGCACGAAUGUAUUUGGAAGUAUCUUUGCUAACUGUAGGCAUGUAAAUGGUUCUGGUGUAGCGAGAUCUGCAGCAGAAUGGAUUUUCAGUUACAGCUUUGCUGCCUGUCAGCUCAUAGGGACGCGGCUGGGAGAGAAGCAGCUUGAGCUGAGACCUACUGGGCACGACUGGCCUGAAACACGAGUGAGUGGAGACUGCUAGCAGGGCAGUAAGGGUGGAAAAGUGCAGUUCAAGUUCAUGCAAUCUGUAUUUUGAUAUCCCACUUGCCAUGUGUUGUCCUAUCACUGCUUAGAGCACAAAGAGAUCUCGGAGUUGAAGAAAUGACAGAAACCCAACAGCACCAUUAUUGCGAAGAUCCAUGGCUUGCCAUGUUCACAAGGAAUUGUGGAUAUAUGUAUAUUUUUAAAUGUUGAAUUCAGUUUUCCAACUGCUAAUUAGAUAGAAAACACAAUAUUGGCCACAAAAUACAUAGGUAGCGUAGUACAAGGGAGAUGUAUGCUCUGAGAAUUGUGAACAUCUUUAUUCCUUGACUAAUAUUCAGUAAGUAGAUCAUCUAAUGUAUUAUAUGAUGUAUUACAGAGAUGAAUGUCUUCUUGUGAUCUUUGGCUGAUAAAUGCCUGGUUUGUUUGUUUCCUACAGCUGAGGCAUUGGAAGGUACUGCAAGUUACAUGCAAAUGUAUGUUUUUAGCUGAUGGGACAGAAUGAAAGUUACCAGCAAAUA